AUGUGGGAGGGACUGGGACUGCAGGUGUUCCUGAUGUGCCUGGGCGCCGUGCUGUGCAGCGCUGUGGCCGCCUCGGCACCCCUGGAGCACAGCCACCGCCGCCGCCUCUCCCUACACAGGCACCGGGAGAGGACGGGCAAAGAGGGACAGGUCCUACACCGUUCCAAGAGAGGCUGGGUCUGGAACCAGUUCUUUGUCAUUGAGGAGUACACAGGGCCAGACCCAGUGUUAGUGGGCAGGCUCCACUCAGACGUUGACGCUGGAGAUGGCAAUUGCAAGUACAUUCUCUCAGGGGAGGGUGCAGGCACCAUUUUUGUCAUUGAUGACAAGACAGGCAACAUCCAUGCCACCAAGACCCUGGACAGGGAAGAGCAGGCCCAGUACACCCUCACAGCCCAGGCUGUGGACAGGGCCACCAACAAGCCUCUGGAGCCUCCGUCUGAGUUUAUAGUCAAGGUCCAGGACAUCAAUGACAACCCACCUGAGUUCCUACAUGGGCCAUACUAUGCCAGGGUGCCUGAAAUGUCCAACGUCGGUACCUCAGUGAUGCAGGUAACAGCCACAGAUGCUGAUGAUCCCACCUACGGGAAUAGUGCCAGACUGGUGUACAGCAUUCUCCAGGGCCAGCCCUACUUCUCAGUGGAACCACAAACAGGGAUAAUCCGGACUGCUCUGCCCAGCAUGGACAGGGAAGCACGGCAGGAAUAUGACGUCGUCAUACAAGCCAAGGACAUGGGGGGACACAUGGGGGGAUUGUCAGGGACAACAGAAGUUAAAAUCACCUUGACGGACGUCAACGACAACCCACCGAAGUUCCCUCAGAGUGUAUACUCCAUGUCAGUUUCAGAGGACAAGGUUUCGGGUGAGGAGGUGGGCCGUCUGAAGGCUAAAGAUCCAGAUCUGGGCGAGAAUGGACUUGUGUCAUAUCGUUUCAUCGAGGGCGAUGGGAUGACUGUGUUUGAGAUUACCACCGACACUGACACUCGUGAGGGUGUUAUCAAACUGAGAAAGCCUGUGGACUUUGAGACUAAGAGGGCAUACACCCUGAGAGUAGAGGCAUCCAAUACACACGUGGACCCCCGCUUCAUCGCCUGGGGACCCUACAAAGACACAGCCACGGUUAAGGUUAUGGUGGAGGACGCAGACGAGCCGCCUGCUUUCAUGGCAACUAGCUACAGCUUCGAGGUGGAGGAGAAUGCCCCUGAUGGGACCGUGGUGGGCCGUGUACACGCUAAAGAUACAGACGUGGCUAACAACCCUGUCAGGUACAUGAUUCCACGCUACACGGACGUGGAGCAGUUCUUCAGUGUCGGCCCGGAGGAUGGCAUCAUCAAGACCACCAGACCGCUGGACCGGGAGACACUACCCUGGCACAACAUCUCUGUCAGCGCCACUGAGAUUGGGGGACAUCACCAAGAUACAAAAGUACGUGUCAACAUCAAAGUCAAAGACGUGAAUGACAACGCCCCUGAGUUUGCCACACAGAACGAAAUCCUCGUGUGUGAAAAUGCCUCCCCUGGCAAACUCAUAGAGACAGUCAGUGCGGUGGACAAGGAUGAGAUGGCCCACCGACAGUACUUCCACUUCAGCAUCGCCCCAGAGGCUGUCAACAACCACAACUUCUCCCUGAAAGACAACAGAGACAGCACAGCCAGCAUAUAUGUGACCCGGAGGGGCUUCAGCCGGAUGACCCAGGAUGUCUACUUCCUUCCCAUUGAGAUCAACGACAACGGCAUCCCUCCCAUGAGCAGCACCAACACGCUGACCAUCCGAGUGUGCAGCUGUGACAGUAAGGACACCAUCCUGUCCUGCAAUGUGGAGCCUUACAUCCUGCCUGCAGGCCUCAGCACCGGAGCUCUCAUCGCCAUACUUGCCUGUAUCGUCAUUCUCCUGGCGAUCGUGGUGCUGUUUGUGGCACUGCGUCGUCAGAAGAAGGAGCCACUCAUCGUCUUCGAGGAGGAAGACAUCCGUGAGAACAUCAUCACCUAUGAUGAUGAAGGCGGUGGAGAGGAGGACACAGAGGCCUUCGACAUUGCUACACUACAGAACCCUGACGGUGCCAACGGCUUCCUACCCCGUAAGGACAUCAAGCCUGAGUUCCAGUACCCGAUGAGGCCUGGCGGGCGCCCCGUGGCCAACAGUGUGGACGUGGAUGAUUUUAUCAAGACCCGCAUUAACGACGCGGACAGCGACCCUACGGCCCCGCCUUAUGACUCCAUCCAGAUCUAUGGCUAUGAGGGCCGGGGCUCCAUCGCUGGAUCCCUCAGCUCCCUGGAAUCGGUGACCACAGAUUCAGACCUAGACUACGACUACCUCCAAAGCUGGGGCCCGCGCUUCAAGAAGCUGGCCGACCUUUACGGCACCAAAGACUCCGCCGAUGACAACUCUUAA